CAUCUCGGCGAGCGUUCGAACUCCGAAGAAAGGGCGGGCGGGAUCCGGUCACCGCCACCAUGUCGCUGCUCGCCGCCACCCACCCGCUUCUCGUCACGGCUACCACCCCCCGCGAUUCACGUCAUCGCAUCGUUACUUUACGCAACUCCCCCAUCCCCUUCUCCUUUCUCUCUCCGACCCCGAAACCGAAGCCUCUUCGUUUCCCGGUGAGAUGCGGUGCUCCGCCGCCUCUUGUGGACUCCCAGAAGCCGUGGCCCUUAAGCCUGUUUCUCUUUCUGAACCCCUUCCCCGUCCUCCUCUCCGCCAGCUUCCUCUGCGCCCACGCGUUCCUCCGAGUCCUCCCCGCCGACUUCCCCGACAGGUGGCGCCACCUCCUGGAGUUAUCGAAGGGAGCGGAGACGAAGGUAACCCAACUCCCCUACCACCUGAUCCAAGCCAUCAUGGCUUCAGAGGACCGCCGCUUCUUCUACCACUUUGGGUUCGAUCCUUACGGGAUCGGACGCGCCGUGGUCUAUUACCCCAAUGGCGGAGGUGGGAGCACCAUAACCCAGCAGCUUGUGAAGAAUGUCUUUUUGACAAACGAACGCAAAAUUUCGAGAAAAUUUGUUGAGGGAAUAUUGUCAUUGAUAUUGGAGAGAAGAUUGUCAAAAUGGGAAAUACUGUAUUCCUAUUUGAAUAAGAUGUACUGGGGACAUGGAAUGUUUGGUAUUGAAUCAGCAUCUCUUUUUUACUUUGGAAAGUACCCUUCCCUUCUUAAUGUGGGGGAGUCAGCAUUGCUAGCUGGGAUUUUGCCUUCCCCUGAGACUCUUAACCCAUUUACAAACCCCACAAGGGGGAAGUCUUCUCAAGCUAGAGCACUAAGAAGGAUGGUAGCGGCUGGGUUUCUUGAUUUGGAGACAGCACUUCAAAUUGUGAGCCAACCUCUUCGCUUCAAUACUGAUGGAACUGGAGAGGAAUAUGAAGAUUUAAGAAAACAGAUGAGACCAAGCUCAGCUAUCAAAGACAUAUGGAACUGGGAAAUGGCAAGCAUAGAAUGGGAAGCGAGGGAAAACAUGGAAAAGUGGGCCAUGAAGAUCCACAAAAGUAGAUGAUAGUACUGCCUACAGGAAAAGCAACAUGAACUUCUUAUUGGAAAAAGUAAGUCGUAUAUGAUAUCUUGCCCCAUGGUUCAGUAGAUAAAUUUCACCAGACGCAUGUAGGUACAUGACCGCUAAAACUAGCACAUAAUCUUUUCUAUAAUUUCAUCCUUUGGGUUUUUCAUCCUUCCUGGUACAUGCAGCAAAAUUUGGCAAAGAAAGAAAAGGCUGUGUAUCUUCACUUGUUGCUUUCAAGAUUCUUCAUAAUAAAACCUUGUGUGUAUUGGCAAGCAUGGUACAUGGUCCUUUGCCAUCUAAAGUGAGGUGAACAUGUAGGAAAAACUGGGGUGUAAAUAAUGCACAGCAUUGGGAAAUAUGAAAAACUGUCAUGGAAUUAAAGCUCAUGGAAUGGUUUCAUGUCCUACCAAAUGUCUCUACAAGUCAUUAGGCAGUGAAGAUCAUGGUUUAAAUUUAAUGCAGCAUAUGACCUGAUGCGGAGGCAAAGAAUUAAAAGAAAUGAGAUUAGGUGCCUGCCUGCCCUGCCACAUGAACAAUGUGUUGGAUACCUAUAAGAACUACUACUGACAGACUUUUUUGCCCUUGCUUCUACUAUAUUGUAAACGAAGAACUGUUUUGUGGUAGACAGAUUUUCUAUUUUCCUUUUAAUUAUGUGGGUAUUUAGGGGUUGAGGGCAGAGCUUGGAGUAACACUCUCUUGUUAUGGAAAGGUGCGAUGAGAUUGUCCUACAUUUGACCUUAGCAAGGAGUUAGAAAUAAGUUUGAUGCAAGAGAAUCCUUCUACUCAGAGGGCUAUUGUGAUCAUAUGGUCAUUUUAGGUUCACUAACUAGAAAGCUUUUUGGUACCUAAGAAGUAAAUAUAGGAAGUUUCAGUCAUUAUCUAGCAUGGUAUACAUUUCCUGUUGAAAUUAAGUGAUGUUCAACCAUUUUAACGGACAAACAACAGAUAACACUAGGAGGACCUUGUUUUGCCUAAAUCUACAGUGUUUUACACUUUUCUGG